AAGAGAAAGACAAAAACAACAGCGAAAGCAGCGAGCAGCUACAGCGACCCGGAGUUUUAUUUUACCGCAAAAAGAGCGCACCGAAACGCAAGCAGAGACAUUUAACGGUUUAAUUAUUUAGUGUACGCUUUAAAGAUUCGCUGUUGUUCACGUUAACCGGCAAAAUGUCGCUUGUCGCUAAGAUAUUUGGUAAGGGAAAGGGCGAGAAAGGGCCAACGCCACAAGACGCGAUCCAGAAGCUGAGGGAGACCGAAGACAUGCUGAUAAAAAAGCAGGAAUUUCUGGAGAAAAAGAUCGAUCAUGAGUUGGCGACGGCGAAGAAAUAUGGCACGAAAAACAAAAGAGCGGCUCUCAUGGCCCUGAAGAGGAAAAAACGCUUAGAGAAACAGCUGGAGCAGAUUGACGGGACACUCUCUACCAUCGAGUUCCAGAGGGAGGCACUAGAGAAUGCCAACACCAACACAGAGGUGCUCAAGAACAUGGGCUAUGCUGCCAAGGCACUCAAGCAGGCCCACAACAGCAUGAACGUAGACGAUGUUCACGACUUGAUGGAUGACAUCGCAGAACAACAGGAACUGGCCAACGAGAUCUCUACAGCUAUCUCCUCUUCUACAGGCUUCGGCAUGGAUAUGGACGAGGAUGAAUUAUUGGCUGAAUUGGAGGAGCUGGAGCAGGAAGAACUGGACGAGAAAAUGCUCAGUGUGGAGGGAACCGGAAACAUGGACCCCCUCCCCAGUGUGCCCACCACCUCACUGCCUUCAGCCAAGAAGAAGGAGGAAGAGGACGACGAGAUGGCAGAGCUGGCUGCCUGGGCGACCUAAACAACCUCCUCCGGCCUUCUCCACCUUCAAA